UUGGUACCGUAUGUCUGGGAAUUUUAUUAUUUUUGUAACAUUAAUAUUUAGUGAAGUCAUGGUGUAAUAUUAUGUUAAAUGACAAUAUGUCACUCCAGGAAGAUCUUAAGGAGUUGGGCUGGCACUUGAGCCAAGAAGGCAUCGAUGCUGUUAGCGAAAAUGGACAAAUAGUGGAUGUAAAUGUUUUAAGUAAGCGAGCUUUAGAUUUCGAUAUAAGGGAUAUAGGAGACGGUUCUUUCCCCGAGGACUUUACCAAAGAUCCCUCAAAACUCGAGAAACCUAUAGUAGUCCAGAUUCAAAAAAUCCGGAAUGUAUCUGCUCCGAAAGCUAACGAGGAGUCUACUUCGGCGCCUCGAAUGUUGAAGUUGAUAUUGCACGAUGGGAAGUCGACGUGUACCGGGCUGGAGAUCCUUCCCAUCUCCAGCCUCAGCAUCAACACUCCGCCGGGGACCAAGCUGCUGCUCAACAACGAAGGGCUGGAGACGUGCCAUGGCGUCGUCUGGCUGACACCUAGUGUCAUCACUGUGUUGGGUGGGAAAGUCUCCCACAUGAUAGAGAAAUGGGAAUUGAAUCGUAGUCUUGCCAAGCACACUAGAGGUGGUAUAGGAGCGGAUGGUGGUCCACCACCAUGGAUUCCAUUUGGCCAGCGUCUUGAGGCGCUUAGUGUAGAAAAACAAUUUAAAAGCCUACAAGAGGCUACCAAGCAGGACAAUGCAGAGUUUGAGGCCCAAAGGAAAGGUGCCAUUGCUGAGGCACAGAGAUUAUCAGGAGUUAAGAAGGUAUUUGGAGGUGGCACAAAACCACUACUGGAUGCCAAUGUCCAGAAAAUUGUUGAUGCUGGAUUCUCAGAGGAACAAGCUGAAAAUGCACUCAAAUAUACUAAGAACAAUGUAGAGAGAGCUUUGAAAAUGUUGCAAAAAAGAGACCAUUCGGAAAAUAGGAACAAAGAAAAACAACAGAAGGAACCUGAGCAGCCCAAACGUAAGGGCAGGAAUAAGGAUCCGAAUGAUGAUGAAGGCAUCCCAGUGAAACCGUCUGGUAAAGUGUCAUUGUUUGACUUUCUGGAAGAUAAAUUGCCUAACGUGCCAGAAAAAGACAAAAACCGCUCAUAUCCAUCAAACUCUGAAGAUAGAGGGGGAAAUUACGGGAACCGUGACAGACAUGGCAAAGGUAACUCUCGCGGCCAGAGCUCACGUUACGAUAAUCCCAACAGAAGAAAUGAGAAUAGGGGACAUUAUAAUGAUAAUCACCAUAACUCACAUAGGGAGGAUAGAAAGUAUCAAACUCAAAACGAGAAACCUCCUAGAUUCCAGAAGAAACUGGAGGAGAAGAAUAAGCAACAACAGCAGCAGCAGCAGCAACAUCAGUUCCAACAACAGCAGCAGCAACAACAACAUCAACAGCAACAACAACAACACCAUCAGCAACAGCAACAGCAACAACAUCAUCAGCAACAACAACAGCAGCAGCAGCAACAGCAGCAGGCAAUCAAUUUGCAGAACCUGAACUUGCAAUACAACCUCCACAUGAGAACCGAGAGGAAUCUGGCCGAGAAAAUGCAGCAACCUCAAAACUACCGCGGCAACCCCAACAUGGAGAGCUUAGUCGAAGCGACGGCGAACAUGAACCUGAUGCCCAACCAGGGCCGGCCGGAGGAGAACCAGCGGAAUUACCAGCCGCACCCGGACUACCAAAAGUCGUACGUGCCGAAUCAGAACAUGCAGGAGAUCCCGCCGUUCCGUCGCAACAACGACAACGGGGGAAAAUUCCAGGAGCAGUACCAGCGUCGGCAGCAGCCGCCGAACGGGUUCAUCGACCCGCAGCAGGGCGUGUACGGGGUCAAUUACCUGGGCGGGGGCUACGGGCGCCAGUACUACGGGGCCCGCCAGCCCGCCGCGCCCGGGCCCUUCCUGCCGGGGUCGCUGCUCGGCUUCCAGAAUGCGGCCGUCAACGAGCAGGCGCGCGCCAUGCUCGAGGCUUCGGACUGCAACUGGAAGGUUGGCGAUCGCUGCCUCGCGCUCUACUGGGAGGAUAAUAAUUUUUACGAGGCCGAAGUGACGGGUGUGUCGGCGAAUACAGUAGUAGUUAAAUUUUGUGCAUACGGUAAUCACGAGGAAGUUUUGAAAUCAAACUGCCUACCUUUCCCCCUUCCUGAAAUGGUUCCAGGGAUCGGCAGCAACGGGCUGGGUUACCUGGCGCGCGGCGCCGGCGUGUUCGCGGGGCGUCGGCCCUAGUGCUGCGCCGCGGCGCCGGCCCGCGCCGCCGCCAGCUGACGCCCCGCGCCCGCCACACGCCCCGACCACGCCCCGACCUACUAAAGCCUGCUCCGUGAGCACGUAGAAUCCCGUCCAAUGACCCCAAGCUACCCAUCCUUAUCGCUCGCGCGUAAUUAUAUUGCUGUCGCGACUGUGCGACGGGCGCCCGCAGUGAGUGUGCGAGCGCGACAGCAACAUAAUUACGCGCGAGCGAUAAGGUUGGGUAGCUUGGGGUCAUUGGACAAAAUUCUACGUGCUCACGGACCAGGCUUUACCAUCACUUCGACCACGAUCCGGACGGGCUCUAGCAUCCGGCCCUCGGCACCUGUGUGUAUUUGUGUUGUGACGCGUUCUACUGUCUCGUCGCCGACGAGUUCGGCUACUCGUUUGUACCGUGUCCGUAUUCUUCGUGCCCGUCGUCGCCGGUCGAGUGCUGGUGUGAGUACAGUACGGUACAGGUUUGCAAAGAAUCCGGAGACUGCGUUAGUGAGUAGCCUUGUUCGUAUACGGUCCGUGAAUGUAGUGUAAUAUUGUGUUACACCUUCACGGCGAGUACGUACUACGAGACGUCGUGUGGCUUUCCUAUAUCGAUGAUGUGAUUAUUUAGCAUAUGGACAUUUUUGCGGAAUAUUUUGUGUAUAUUUAAUUUUGGUGAUUUGUAUUGUUCCUCAGGCCACUAUACAGGUGCGUAUCAUCUGUUCCUGAUGAAGUGACGUAAUCUUAUGUCCGAUACAGAAGGACCUUAUUUGUUUGAUAAUAAAUACCUAAUUAAUACGAAAGAACUUUUUUGCUAAAAAAGGAAAGCCACUCGUCGAAGUAAGAAUAGCAACACGCAAUGUGCAUCACAAGUCCGACUGCUAAGCGUUCGAGGCCUAUUGUAUAUGAUAACUUUUGUGUAAUUAUUUGAAACGCCUCGGAGAGUAUAAUAGUUCCGAUCGCGAAGUGAACAUGAACUGUUUUUAAUGGUAAAUGUCCUAGCGAGUGCCGAAAGUUAAAAUGUUAGGUUUCAUAUUUUCAAUCUUGGAUUGAGCGAACUUUGUCAUGCAGAGAGGUUUUGGUUUAUGAAAAUUAGCUUUUCAUUCAAACUAAUUAAUGAAUAUCAAUUAAAAUGACUAACAAAAGCCAUAAAACCUCGAUAUUUGAUGAAAAAUAGCAUUUUAAUUGUGAUAAGUAGGCGCAAGCAAGUGCGGGCGCCACAGCGCUGCUCCGUUAUCCUGUUGUAAGUUAGUUAAGCCUAAUUAGAUUAUGAAUUUUUGCAAGGAGAUCUAUUUGUGUUACUGCCACAAAAUUGAUAUCAGAUUUUUGUUUAUUUUGUUAUUGUAAAAAUGAGCACUUAAACAUUCACCUGAUUAAACUCAUCGUUCUUUUAGUAUCAAUAUUUAUUAUGUUAUGUCUAUGGUUGAUUUCGUAGAUCAUCUGUUUUAUGGUUGUAAGAUAACUUAUGAAUAUUCGGGCGUUAGCUUGUUUUAUUUAUACUAUAAAAAUAUACACACAUUAGAAAUAGUAAUCAAUUAGAUACAGGAACUAUAAUAAAUGUUGUGAAUUGCACAGACAUCGUCUUCUGAGCUACAUAAAGAAAUGCUGUGACAAUAUUUGCCAAAUAUUGCGCCAUACUUGGUUGGUACAUACAAAGCGAGCCCGAUGCCGAAUGAGUCCGCUGGCCGAAUGUUCCUGAAGCCUCGCUGGCCGCUUGGCCACAGUCAAAGCAUUCUUAAUGUUUCAAUUCUAGGGAAAUUUAUUAUAAAAGUUGUAUCUCAUCAACGGAUAGAAUUAAUUUAUUGUCUAUAUAACCCGAACCGAUUAGCGAAUAGCAUGUAAUAAGUGUAUUUUGUUGUAUUUUUAGCGAAAACUUGUAAUAUAUUGAUUAUAUUUUCAGUUUUAUAUUGAAAUAUUGUUUGCAAAUAUCUGUUUUUACUACUGCUGUGUAAUUAUUAUUGAGAUAUUAUAAAUGUCUAAACUCGAAAUCGAUGAACGUGUUUUAAACUACUAAGUGUCUAUAAAGAUGUCUACGUUUAAUACUUACCGAUGGAUAAUAUAAUAUAGAUAAUUGUUUCUUAAGACGCAUUCUCUACUUGUAAGUUAUUGUUGUUUUCCUAGCUAGACACAAGGUACAUAAUUUUAAUCAAUAAUCACGUGCUAUUUUGUAGACUAUUUUAUGAAAAAUGAUUGUAUAUGAUAGCCUAUGUUCGACAAUAAAACAUUGAUAAGUUAUAUGUUUGCACCAGGAAAUGUAUUCUAUCUGCUUUGAUCUUAAGAGUUAAUUAUUGAGUCAGCUGAUACUUUGCGAGAUUACUAUUUUACGAGAAUUUGUGCAAUACUAUAAAUCUUAAUGGAUUUGUUUAUAUCUUCGCGCCACCUGGUGAAUCUUAGCGAUUAUUAUAAUUAGUGACUUGUAUUCCAGACAAGUAGUGAAUGCGACACUCUAGUAUAAGGCAGCUGUAACAGGACUUUGUUGUCGAACCAAAGCUCAAUUCCAAUAUCACUUAGUACAUAAUCAACAAUCAACAUUGCAUUGCUCACCACUAACGGGAAACAUUCGAUAUGUUUAUACAGAUUUUGUUGAUUUGAAAUAACCAUUUAUUAACAAAAAGCUAAUAAAAAAAUUGUAUUA